AUGGCUCUCGAGCCCGUCGAUAUCUUCCCCUACGAGCUCAAGCGAUUGAUCUAUGAUGCCAGCGACCUCUCGACUCUCAAGGCGCUCCGCUGCGUCUCCAAAGCCUGGGCCAGCGUCGGCGCGGACCUUCUCCUCCUCCCUACCUUCUCCCUCCGCUCCUACGCCCACGACCUCUCGCGCCUCCUCUCCAUCAGCCGCAGCGCAGUUGUCGGCCCCCGCGCCGCCCACACCGUGAGCACGCUCAUCUUCCAGAGCAAUGGCUGGGACCCGCGCUACUUCCGCAACAUCGUCUGCAACCGACACGAGCUCCGGCGCGAGUACGAGACGCUAGACUUCGUCCCCACGGAAGCCGAGCAGCAGGCGCUCGCCGAGCUGGACGCCGUGGCCGCGCAGCACGAUCUGGACGAGAAGCUGGCUCGCGAUGAGGAGCGUCUCGUGCGCGCUCUCCAAGCUGUCCCGAAUGUCCACAGCAUCACGAUCGCGUGCGAAAACCCUUUCCGUCACCGCUUGCUGCGUAAGGUCUGGGACGAGUACGCGCUGGCCGCUUACCACCGCUCUGUACACCCGCAGACUGAACAGCUAUGGCGAAUCCUGCGCGCUGCUCGCUCCGCUGGUCUGCAUAUCCUACAUUUUAGACACCAACAGCUUCUCUCCCCUUUCUUCCUCGACGACGCGCUGUCCCUACCCCCCGGGGCCCUGGGGUCCCUCUCCCGCCUUCACAGUCUGCAUCUUGAUAUUUCCGACUUGGCAGGCGUGUUCUCGCGCAGUGCUCAAGCUCGCGACCGUCUCAGGGACUUGAUAGCAUCCGCGCCCCUCCUCACCACCCUCUCCAUCUCCUUCGAAAGUCUCGAUACCGUACCUUUGACAUUCCUACCUCUCGGCUCCUCCUCAUCAAAACUGCACACGCUUACCCUCAGCUCGCCGCUCAUCCACCCGCCCACCUUCCUCUCCUAUCUCUCUUCGCACCCCUUCCUCACGCGUCUCCGUCUCCGCUCCGCAUCGCUCACCCACGGCUCCUGGCACGCUUUCCUCUCCGACCUGCGCUCUCUCCUCGGGGCCCAGCUGCAGGCUUUCCAGCUCUCCGGCGUCUUAAGAGGAGCCGAGGGAACCGACGGAGAGGGCGAGACGUGGAUGUUAUGGCCGUUCUACGACGAGGAAUGGAGGGUCAUGGAGGGCAGAGGCGAGAAAGCUAGCUUGAUCGAGCGCUUUGUCAUAAAGGGCGAGAAGUGGCCCAUGGGCUUGGAGCAUGGUGUUGCGUAUCUCUGA